AUGUCCUUGAGUGGCUUUCAUUACGGCUCGUUUCCGCAAGAGCUGACUGACGCCGUAAUCGACCAUUUAUGGGACGACCCAGCUGCACUCAAAGCAUGCUCUCUCACCUCUCAUGCAUUCUACACCCGUACACGUAUACACAUCUUCAGAAAGAUGUCAUUUGGCCACAACUUUCGCUGCGACAAGUUUGUCGCCAUGUGUCGUUCCUCCCCUCACAUCCCUCGGGUGAUUAAACACCUCACAUUGGAUAAUCGCUACGUGCCCCCUGACGAGAUCAUCACCUUCAUCAUCUCCUCGCUCACCAGUGUCGAGUGGCUGGUGAUGAAAGACGUCUCCUGGGUCUUCUGGGUCACCGAACUAGUCAACCGAGGCGCGACAUCAUUUCCCUCUCUACGCUCCCUGUCCGUCGAUUUCCACGACAGCAUCUGUUACGCCUCCGUCUCCGAAACGCUCACCUUCAUACAACUCCAUCCUCGUAUUCGGUGUCUCGAACUGCUCUCCGUGCCACGUCUGGCCUCUAUUGAUGCCGAAUAUGACUUGCCGGCACGAUCAUCCUAUCUCGAAAGCUUCUCCAUUUCCUCCUCGGCGUUUAGCUCCGGGCUGAGCGACCUCAUGUUAAACCCCAGACUAAGCGGUCUCUCCUUUAAUCGUCUCCGUAUAUUUGCCAUCAGCGUCCAAGAUAACUCGGACAUUCGUUUUGUCAGCACGAUUCUGAAAACGGCGUCCUGCACGCUGGAGGAGGUUCACCUGAUGCAUCAAUCCUUGCGCCCAGUACUUCUGGAUGAUCUCGACAUUUCGUACCUCCGGAAAGUUACCAUCACGUUCUCGCACCCUAUAUAUAACGAACGCCAUUCCUCGACGAUCAAGUCGUGGGGUAAAGUUUUUGAUGCCCGCGCCAAAGAAGUGGAAGAGAUCAUCGUUCGUACUGUUGUGUCGAGCCCUAGUCUCUUUGGCCAUAUGGACUAUGGCGUCUGGUCAACGUGGGAUGCUACCCUUUCGGCCACGAGAUCUCGGCUUCGGGGAUUGGUUUUUCAGGUGUUCUGCACGCCGAUACAGGCCAAGUCCUUGGAUAUGCUCCAGCAGGGGAUAGAGGAUCAGUUUCCAGUAUUGAGAAGUCGGUCCUUGUUCCAGGUGGAGGUGAAGAGCAGACCUGAUGCUGAAACUUUCCUGAGUUUGCUGCAGCCAUAG